AUGCAGUCCAAACAUCUCAAGACCAUUGCGUUUGCUUACAAGCAGACUGAUGUUGUUGCAAUGCUUGAAGAAAACAGCUUAAUCUUAAUAGGACUACUAGGUGUGAAAUAUACAUGUUGCGAAGAUAUAAUGGAAGCAGUGAAAGCUUGUCAAGAAGCAGGAGUGAACAUCAUAUUGGUGUCAGAAGAAAAGGUGUCAAAGCUGAAAGACAUUGCUGUUGCAUGUGGAAUACUUGCAAACUCAAACAGGUUGGUGCUCGAAGGCGAAGAGUUUAAAAAUAGUAGCGCAGAAGAAAGGAAGGACAUGGUAGAUAAAAUCUGCGUGAUGGGAAAAUCCAUUCCUUCAGACAGGCUCCUUUUGGUGCAAUGCCUGAAAGAAAAAGACCACGCUGUGGCGAUGGUUGGAGUCAGAACAAAUGAGACUCCAACUCUUACAGAAGCUGAUGUGGGGGUUGCAAUGGGGACUCGGAGUAGUGAAAUGGCAAGAGAAAGUUCUGACAUCAUCAUCUGGGAUGGAAAUUUUAGUUUCUUGGUCCCCAUUAUAAGUUGCGGAAGAUGCAUUUACUAUAACAUUCAAAAGUACAUCCAACUUGAGCUCACCAUGAAUAUAGCAGGGCUGCUGACAACAGCCACUACCACAAUGGCUUGUGGAGAGAGUGCAAUUACAGCAAUUCAGUUAUUUUUGGCAAACAUGGUUGUGACUCUUCUAGGUGGGCUUGCUCUACUGAUGGAGCCGCUGACAAAGGAAAUAAUGGAGAAGCCACCGGUCAGACAAACUGACUGGCUCAUUAGCAAGGCAAUGUGGAGAAACAUUGUCAGUCAAGCCUUAUAUCAGAGUGCCAUCUUGGUCAGCUUUCAACUGAAAGGGCAAACCGUCCUGGGCAUCAGCAAGAAGGUUAGCGAGUCCAUUGUUUUCAACAGUUUUGUUCUGUGUCAGGUAUUCAAUCAAGUCAAUUCAAGAGAGCUAGAGAAGAAGAACGUGUUCAGGGACAUACUUCACAAUCAGUGGUUCUGGGUGUCUGUGGGUGGCACUCUUGUUCUGCAGGUGGCUUUCAUUGAGAUCUCACAUAUUCUUGUUGGAAAUGCAAGGUUGAAUUGGGCACAGUGGGGUGUGUGUCUAUUAAUUGGGAUGGUUUCAUGGGAAAUUGAUUUGGUUGUGAAGUGUGUAUCGGACGUUGUCGUGAAUGGAACAUUCAGCUCUCAUGUUGGAUGUAUUAAUAAUAGUAUGACACCCUCUGCUGUCUCAGGUUCUGCAUCUAAUCUUGAGCUCCCACUCAUUGAUGGAAAUUCCACAAGAUCCCAUGGUCCUAUAUGA